UACAAAACUCUGAAGUCAACAAUCUUUUGUCCAAAGAAAUUCAUCAUCAUGGAAACCCUAAGAGAGGAGGCUCCUUCAAGCUACUUGAUGAAGCUGGUUGGUUUCUCUGAGGUUAAAUUCAGUCAUCAACCUUAUCAAUCUGCUGAUUUCGACGCUGGGGGACAUAAAUGGAGAUUGAUAUUUUACCCGGCUGGAAAGGUAGAAGAAGGUGGAAAAGACCAUGUUUCGAUUUAUGCAAGGAUCGAAAAUGUUGGUGCUUCUGAGAUGCAGAUUGAUGUAGAACUCAAGUUCUUCAUCUACAAUCACAACGCCAAGAAAUACUCUGUUUUCCAAGAUGGAACUAUGAAGCAUUAUAGUAAGGAGAAAAAAGAGUGGGGAUUAGCACAAAUGCUUCUUCUUUCGAAGUUUAACGACCCGAAAAAUGGGUACAUCGAUGGAAAUGCUUGUAUCGUUGGGGUGGAGAUAUUUGUUAUAAAGCCGAGAGAGAAGGUGGAGAGGGUUACCUUCACACAAAACCCACCAGAAAACAAAUUCACCUGGAAAAUCUCUCAUUUCUCAAAAAUAGGAGACAAAAGAUAUUAUUACUCGGAUGAAUUUGUGGUCGGAGAUAGAAAAUGGAGAAUGAAGAUUAGUCCAAAGGGAGACAAAAAGGUAAGAGCACUUUCAGUCUAUGUUCAAGCCAUGGAAUAUCUGCCAAAUGCCGUAGCUUCUAGCACUUACGCAAAGCUCAAACUUCGGCUGAUAAAUCAGAAAAAUUCUAACCACAUUGAGAAACGCGUUUUUCAUUUUUAUUCGAGAGAAACUCAAGACGGAUCAGGGAUAUCGGAGUUAAUAUCUGUGGAGGAUCUAAAUGAUGAAUCAAAAGGGUACCUUGUGGAAGACUCCAUUAUUCUUGAAACUACUCUGCUUUGUGUCUCUGAGACGAUGUUUGUCGACUCUAUCUAAUGACUCUUAUUACCUCUCUCUUUCUUUGCAUACAUCUUUCUUUUGUAAGCAACAAAAAGUCGCCUUUGCU